GGUUAAUGUAGCUUUUUCACUUCCUCAUUUUUAUAUAUACUUCCUCAUAGAAAGUCUAUAGUCCUUCUCACUAAAUUUGACUUCUACGUACGGUAAACGACUUUGAGAAGACUUGCAGUUUGGUCUUUAUCCAAGAUGUGUUAGGUUUGACUCAUACACAAGAAGAUAAUACUGUCAGGAAAAAUGGGGCGAUCACCAUGUUGCGAUGAGAACGGGUUAAAGAAAGGGCCAUGGACACAAGAGGAGGAUGAGAAAUUGAUAGAUCACAUUCAAAAACACGGCCAUGGAAGCUGGAGAGCCCUUCCAAAGCAAGCUGGUUUAAACCGAUGCGGAAAGAGUUGUAGAUUGAGAUGGACUAACUACUUGAGACCUGACAUCAAGAGAGGAAAUUUCACUGAGGAGGAAGAACAAACCAUCAUCAACCUCCAUUCCCUUCUUGGAAACAAGUGGUCGUCGAUAGCCGGUAAUCUUCCUGGAAGAACGGACAAUGAAAUCAAAAAUUAUUGGAACACACAUUUGAGAAAGAAACUUCUCCAGAUGGGAAUUGAUCCAGUGACCCAUAGGCCAAGAACCGACCAUCUAAAUGUUCUAGCCGCUCUCCCGCAGCUUAUGGCCGCUGCAAAUUUCAAUAGUCUCUUGAAUCUCAAUCAAAAUGUGCAAUUGGAUGCAACAACUCUUGCUAAAGCUCAAUUGUUACACAAUAUGAUUCAAGCCCUUAGCAUCAAUAACAACAACAAUCCCUCUUCUUCUUCUUCGUUAACCAUGCAGUCCAAUAACAAUCUCUUUGGCCAAUCUUCUUACUUAGAGAGCCUUGGUCAGUCCCAAAAUUUCUCUCAUAUUCUUGAUGACAAUAACGAUGAGCAUUUGAUCGUAAAAAACCAAACAACUGCUCAUCCUUUUGAUUCUUUUUCUUCCUCGAUACAAAUCGAUGCCCACGAUGAUCAUAUUUCGCUCCCUCUAUUGGUUCCGGCUUCUCCUGAAGAAUCUAAGCAAAGCCAAGUGAUGAUCAAGAAAAAAGACAUCGCUAAUGAUCAUCAUCAUCAUCUUGAUACUUCAAACCCUUCAUCAUCAAACUCGACGUUCACACAAGAUCAUAUUCAGCCAUGGAGUGACAUUAUUGAUGAAGAAGCAAGUGAUUCUUAUUGGAAAGAAAUCAUAGAGCAAACGUGUUCCGAACCAUGGCCAUUUCCUCAAUAGACAAGAGUGAAAAAAAAGAAGACGAAAAAGAAAAAAAACUUAAGAAGAGAAUAAUUUUAUAAUUACUUGCUGUUGAUAGAGUUAACUGCAUUUUUACUGUUCACUAGUCUACAGUUUUUUUCCGUUUUUCAGACCAUG